AUGCUACCCCUACGCGACGGGAUGUUUCUUGAGACCGUUGUUCAGAAUUAUGCGAAGAGUAUUCAAUACCUCGAUCCAGCGCAGUGGGGUAUCAUCGAUGAGUCAGACAAGGAGUUGAUGAGCAUCCUUGCAGCCAACGGUUUCUGGGACCUUGUAAAUGGUCAUCUGGAAUCUGCGAGCGGCGGCGGCGGCGGCGGGUACGGACUGGAGGAACCAUCAGUGCCCGACUUCCUGUUGUCGUACAUGAAGUUAUUCGACCAGGUUACUGACGUCCUCUCCUGCAUGACGUUGAGUUGCACGUCGGAGAUUUCUCCCUCUUCACAAGAACAGCCUACACAUUCUGAAUUCAUGAAAACCUGGGUUGACCGUUGUUACGAUCAGAUGGUUUCUCUUCUCACAGAGUCCCACGACUUACUCCAUCAACCACUGCGCGUGGGUGUGUGGGCAGGUAUUUAUUUCAACAUACUUGAUAGACUUUUCAUCAAUCUACCUGAAAUCAUGAUACAAAGGUAUGAUUUUAAGCUUAAUGCGUUGGAAAAUGAGUCGCAGCCUGUUAUUACUACUCGGAACCGAUUUGAGGGCAUAAUUCGGACGCGGGAUCUAUAUAGCACCCCGCGCAUCCUUGAGUUUGGCGUUAUCGAGGUCACCCAGCAACACCCCGGUGACGCCUCAUCCCAGUGGAAGAGCGGUGAAUCAAGGCUUUACGCCGCCUGUCGGUCAAUCCUAAACGAUCUCAAGAAUGUGGUUAAUCAUGAUCCUGCCACGUUGAAGCAAUUGGCCGCUGUGGGGGUUCUACAAGCCGGCCCUGAUUCAAUGGUUCUUGUUAUGCGCUGCGUCGGCGACAACCUUUUCUUUGCUAGGCCGGGGGAAAAGUGCAAAAUGCCCCUUCAUAUUGACGACCUUUCUGAAUUUCGUAAGGUUUUGAGUGCGGUCUGGCUUGCCCGAGUCUCUGUGCAAAAUACUUAUGCCGCAGUUUCAAACUAUCUGACAAACCAGGCAACCUGA